AUGCAUGUGCCAUUAGAAGUAGAGAUAGCUAAUAGUAAGAGUUAUUUGUUGCACGAAGUUUGUAGAAAUUGUGAAAUUAUCAUUGAAGACGAGAAGUUUGCCAUUGACCUUAUUCCCAUGAUUUUGGGGGAAUUUAAGGUUAUAGUUGGCAUGGAUUGGCUAGCUAAACAUCAUGCUGAAAUUCAAUGUGAGAAGAAGGUGAUUCAUGUGUUAACACCGGGAGGAAAACGAGUAAGCAUACAAGGGGAAAGGAAUAUUAAAUCGAAGCUUUGUUCUAUAGUUCAAGCAUACAAGUAUGUACGAAAUGGAAGCAAGGAAUUUCUAGCCUACAUGGUGGAUACUAAGCAGAAGACCCCUAAGAUAGAAGAGAUUGAAGUCGUGAACGAGUUUCUUGAUGUUUUUCCGGAAGAUUUGUCGGGGCUUCCACCAGAACGCGAAGUGGAUUUUAAGAUUGAAUUGUAUCCCGAUGCCAAACCCGUAGCCAAGGCUCCUUAUAGUAAAGCCGAACAUGCAUGCCAUUUACGUGAAAUUCUUGAAGUACUCCGCAAGGAGAAAUUGUACGCGAAAUUCUCUAAGUGUGCUUUUUGGCUUAGAGAAGUACAAUUUCUUGGUCAUGUGAUUAAUGCGGAUGGUAUCUUAGUGGACCCGUCAAAAGUGGAAGCCGUUAUGAAAUGGGUACCUCCAAGAUUUUUCUAA